UUUUGCUUGCCUCAUCUUCCUGUCUUGAUUGGUUUCACCUGUCUCGUUAUCUGAUUAGCUUUUCACUCAGAACUUCCUUAAGCCAGUUUCUGUUUGCAUCCAGAUGAAUUUAUCUCUAAUUCAUGGCCUUUUCUUUCUCUAAAUAAGCUGCUUGUGUCUCUUGCUUUCCUGUAAAAUCUCACCCGUCUCAUUGUGUGUUUCCAGUUACAAUGUCUUUGUUCAGGAGGUUUUUUAAGAACAUAGUUCGUGACACGGACCCACAAGAUGACACAGUCUCUGUGAAGAAUAAGCCGAAACCCAAGUAUUAUGGAACCGUCACUCCGUAUCCUGACUUCAAUGCCAGCGCUGAUGCUUCAGUACUUGAGAGCGCCAUUAAAAGUAAAGGGGUGGAGGAAGAUGUGAUCGUAGCUGUUCUGGUGAAGAGAAGCAACGAGCAGAGGCAAAAGAUCAAAGCAGUUUAUGAAGCGUCCACAGGGAGGAGGCUGGAUGAAGAUCUGAAGUCAGCUCUCAGGUCAGACUUGGAGGACGGUCUGGGCACAGAUGAGGCUGUCCUUGUGGAGAUUCUGGCAACGCGAUCAAACAAGGAGAUUGAAGAGAUCAAAAGGGUCUUCAAAGAAGAGUAUAAAGAAGACCUGGAGCAGGAUGUUAAAGAUGACACCAGCGGGGACUUUACCCAGGCCCUCCUGGCCAUGCUGAAGGCAAAUAAGGAUGAGAGCAAAGAUAUAGAUUUGGAUCUAGCCCGUAAAGACGCAGAGAUUCUGUUUGAAGCUGGUGAGACAGGUAAAAAAGUCGAUGUGUCCACCCUGAUUAACAUCCUGACUACACGGAGCGGCCCCCAGCUCACUAAAACAUUCCAUCAAUAUGCCUGUGUCAGUGACAUCACAUUACCUAAAGCCCUGACAAUUCAGCUAAGUGGUGACAUUGAAGACUGCCUUAUUGAUAUUGUCAAAUGUGCAUGGAACACACCGGCUUUCUUUGCCGAGAAGCUCCAUCUGGCAAUGAAGGGCCAUGGCACGUGUGAAAAGACACUGAUCAGGGUCCUGGUAAGCCGCUCUGAGGUUGACCUCAAGAAGAUUGUGGAGGAAUACAGGGCUAUGUAUGACAAUAGCCUACACGAAGACAUACUGCAUGACACCAAGGGACAUUAUCAGAAAGUCUUGCUUGGAUUGUGUGGCCCUUACUAAAUCGUACUGUUCUGAAUCUUAUUUCCAAUCUCAUUUGCAACAAGAAAAUAAGUAAUUUUGCCUUGAGUCCAUGUUCCAAUAAAGCAAUUAUCCCAAAGAACAUAAA